AUGGUCCGUCCAAGUCAGUCCAUGCGAGCUAUAGAAAUCGUACAAAAGGCCAUCGACGAAGAUGUCAAACACAACUACGCCGAAGCUUACAAGCAUUACCAGAACUCCUUGGAUUACUUCAUGUUAGCCUUGAAGUAUGAGAAGAACGACAAGUCGAAAGCACUGAUUAAGUCCAAGAUCAACGAAUACCUGGGUCGCGCCGAAACUCUGAAAGAACAUCUCAUGACAGAUAAACGAGGCAAGAAUGCCGUCGGUGUGAAUGGUAGUGAUGGAUCUACAGGCCCCUCAGGGAAAUCGAAAGAUGACGGUGACGAACAUGAUGCCGAAACCAAGAAGCUGCGGGCGGGGCUGUCCGAUGCUAUCCUCUCAGAAACACCGAACGUUAGCUGGGACGAUGUUGCAGGUCUUGAGGGCGCUAAAGCAGCAUUGAAGGAGGCUGUCAUUCUACCGAUCAAGUUUCCGCACCUUUUCACAGGCAAGCGUACACCAUGGAAGGGCAUUUUGCUCUACGGUCCCCCGGGAACAGGGAAAUCGUAUCUCGCCAAAGCUGUUGCCACCGAGGCAAAGAGCACUUUCUUCAGCGUUAGUUCAAGUGAUUUGGUUAGCAAGUGGCAGGGUGAUUCAGAACGAUUGGUGAAGAAUCUCUUCCAAUUAGCUCGCGAGAACAAACCUUCUAUUAUUUUCAUCGAUGAAAUCGACUCUUUAGCUGGCACACGUAACGAAUCCGAAUCUGAGGGCUCAAGACGAAUCAAGACUGAAUUUCUUGUGCAGAUGAAUGGUGUUGGACAUGACGAUACCGGAGUUUUAGUACUGGGUGCCACAAACAUUCCAUGGCAGCUUGAUAAUGCAAUAAAGCGUCGUUUUGAAAAGCGUAUAUAUAUACCCCUCCCUGGCGCUGAAGCUCGACGACGCAUGUUCGAAAUUCAUGUUGGAUCCACCCCCUGCGAGCUUUCUCCUAAAGAUUACCGAACUCUAGCCGACAGGACUGAGGGGUAUUCAGGAUCCGAUAUCUCGAUUGUCGUCCGCGAUGCACUCAUGCAGCCAGUGCGUAAGGUGAUAUCUGCGACACACUUCAAGAGGGUGGAGAAAGAAGGAGAAAUGAAAUGGACACCUUGCUCUCCAGGAGAUCCUGCGGCAGUUGAGAAGACCUGGUCUGAUAUCGAGUCUAACGAGCUUGUCGAGCCACCACUCAAAGUAACCGACUUCCUGAAAUCUCUUGAAUCCACGCGGCCGACCGUCACGGAAGCUGAUAUCCAAAAACAUGACCAAUGGACGAAGGAAUCUGGGAAUGACGGGGCGUAA